AUGACCACUAGUACUAUAUCACCUAUUCUAAAGGACCCGGUUAGUGUUAUUCGUGACCCAAAUUGGAAAAAUUCUAUGUUAGACGAAUAUAAUGCUCUUAUUGAUAAUCAUACAUGGGAUUUUGUUCCUCGGCCUCCUAAUGUGAAUGUUAUUCUCUCUAUGUGGAUAUUUUGUCAUAAACAAAAUUCUGAUGCAACUAUUCGUACUGUUCUUAGCAUUGUUAUUUCUCACUCAUGGUCGAUCCAUCAGUUGGAUGUCAAGAAUGCUUUUCUGCAUGGUUAUCUUAACGAGACAGUCUAUAUGCAUCAGCCUAUGGGACAGGGGUCUAAUACUGCUUAUAUUCUGUUAUAUGUUGAUGAUAUCAUUCUUACAACAUCUUCUAACCCUCUACAGACACACUUUAUGGGUCUCAUGAGCUCUGAAUUUGCAAUGAAGGACUUAGGUCCUUUGAGUUUUUUCUUGGGCAUUGCUGUGUCUCGGAAUGAUGAUGGUAUGUUCUUGUCUCAGAAACAGUAUGCUUCUUCUAUCAUUGACAGGGCCAGUAUGUCCAACUGUAGUCCUUGUCCUACCCCUGUUGACACCAAAUCAAAACUUAGUGCCACUCAUGAUGCUCCAUAUGAUGAUCCCACUAAGUACAGGAGUCUUGCAGGUGCUCUUCAGUACCUGACUUUUACCAGACCCGAUAUUUCAUAUGAUGUUUAG